AAGGCCGGAGGUGGGGCGGGAAGGGGGCAGGGGUUCCCGCGCCGGGGGCUCCGCCCCCGCGCCUACCUCUCCUCGCCCCUGCCCCGCGCGCGCCCCCGCGCGGCGCGCCCAACCAUUUGCCGGUUGAGGGCGGGGGGCGGUGGCGGCUUCCCCGCCCCUUGCCCGCCUCUCCUUCCUGCCGCCGGCCCGCCCGCCAGCCCGCCCGUAGCCGGCCGCUGCGCGAGGGAGGAGACGGCGGUCGGAGUGGCGCGGGCAGCGGAGGUGCGGAGGGACGAAAGCCGACUGCGGAGAGAUGCUGGGCGUGGCGGCAGGAAUGACCAACAGCAACAUGGCCAAUGCCCUGGCCAACGCCACCUGUGAGCGCUGCAAGGGGGGCUUUGCGCCCGCCGAGAAGAUAGUGAACAGUAACGGGGAGCUGUACCACGAGCAGUGCUUUGUGUGUGCUCAGUGCUUCCAGCAGUUCCCAGAGGGGCUCUUCUAUGAGUUUGAAGGAAGGAAGUACUGUGAACAUGACUUUCAGAUGCUCUUUGCUCCUUGCUGUCAUCAGUGUGGUGAAUUCAUCAUUGGCCGAGUGAUCAAAGCCAUGAAUAACAGCUGGCAUCCUGAGUGCUUCCGCUGUGACCUCUGCCAGGAAGUUCUGGCGGAUAUUGGGUUUGUCAAGAAUGCUGGGAGACAUCUGUGUCGUCCCUGUCAUAAUCGUGAGAAAGCCAGAGGCCUUGGAAAAUACAUCUGCCAGAAAUGCCAUGCCAUCAUUGAUGAGCAGCCGCUGAUAUUCAAGAAUGACCCUUACCAUCCAGACCAUUUCAACUGUGCCAACUGCGGGAAGGAGCUGACGGCUGACGCCCGGGAGCUGAAAGGAGAGCUGUACUGCCUGCCAUGCCACGAUAAGAUGGGGGUCCCCAUCUGUGGUGCUUGCCGACGGCCCAUUGAAGGGCGCGUGGUGAAUGCCAUGGGCAAACAGUGGCAUGUGGAGCAUUUUGUUUGUGCCAAGUGUGAAAAGCCAUUUCUUGGACAUCGCCAUUAUGAAAGGAAGGGCCUUGCAUAUUGUGAAACCCACUAUAACCAGCUCUUUGGUGAUGUUUGCUUCCAUUGCAACCGUGUUAUAGAAGGUGAUGUGGUCUCCGCUCUUAAUAAGGCCUGGUGUGUGAGCUGUUUUGCCUGUUCCACCUGCAACACUAAAUUAACGCUCAAGGAUAAGUUUGUUGAAAUUGAUCUAAAACCAGUCUGCAAACACUGUUACGAAAAAAUGCCAGAAGAAUUUAAGAGGCGACUUGCCAAACGGGAGAGAGAAGCGAAGGAUAAGGACAAGCAGAAAAAGAGAAAGCCAGUGUGGCUGUGACCUUCUCUGUCCCUCUGCCAGCAUGCUCCCUGCUUGCUUCUUCGGAAUAAAUUUGUGGAGUUUGACAUGAAGCCAGUCUGUAAGAAGUGCUAUGAGAAAUUUCCGUUGGAGCUGAAGAAAAGACUUAAGAAACUAGCUGAGACCUUAGGAAGGAAAUAACUUCCUUUGUUUUUUCUCUUCUACGCAAAGAAAAGAGAUUACCAACGUUACUUGACUUGAUCCACUCUAUUUAGAACUGUAUCUCAAAAUAGUUGAGAGUGAAGAGGGCCUGUAUGAAUGGUUUUCUUCAUCUCCUUCUUCUCAUUAAAAAAGAAAAAAAG